CAGAUCGGAUCCUUCUACGCGAACAGUCACGGUUCGUACGGAACCGACGCCGCGAGCGCGAAGUGUCGCGAGUGCGUCGAAACGUUGGCUCGCGAGUUCGCGCCGAGGGUGCGGCGCAGGCCGGGGUUCAAGGAGUCGCACGCCAUGCAGCUCGUCAGGGAUUCGGAGUACCUCAACGGCGUCGCGGCGUCGUUGGAGGCGCGCGCCGUUCGCGUCGCGCUCGGCGAGUCGCCCAGGUCGGGGUCGCCCGAUCGACGGCGCGAAUUCCACCGCCCGACUUCGCACCCCGGGUCGCGCCAAUCGAACCAACGCUGGGCUCCUUUCGACGCGUCGGAACGCGACGCGAUGGGCGCGCUCGUCCAGAUCGUCACCGAUCGCGUGAACGAGCUCCUGGACACGCACCUGGAGACGCAAACGGAUUGGGCACCCGACGCUCCGAACCAAAGGGAAUCCGACGCCAUCGCGGGAAUAAUCGUGUACCUGGACGGCAUCCUGCGAGCGUCGAGCGUGGUGGUGCCCAAACGUAACGCGCGGGAGCUCGCGGCGCACAUCUUCGAGCACGUCGCGGCGCGAACGGUCGCCGCGCUUCGCGACCAACCCGGCGCUCCCUCGGGCGUCAAGAAGUUCACCGCGUUUGCCGUUCGUAACCUCGACCUCGACGUGUCCGCGCUGGAAGCCUUCGCGGAUUCGAUGACUGUCGAGCUCGCGAAGGACGACUACACGCACCAGGCGGCGGCGUUAGGAGGUGGAUUAGGAUCAGGAGGAGGAGGAGGUGGCGGUGGUGGUGGUGGCAACGCGAACGGCGGUAACCCGCUUCGAUCGCUCGGCAGGCUUCGCGGCGCGAUGCGCGAGCCCCGAGCGUUUUGCGACUUGAUGACGACGGAUUUCGAAGCCGCUUCUUCUUCUUCUUCGACGUCGACGAACGAGCCGGGACUUUCGUCGUCGGCGCACACCUUCGUCGGGGCCGCGGCGGCGUGCAUGCGCGAGCGGUGGGACGACGUCGCCGAGCUCGAGCGGAUGGCGCGGACGGUGGACAAGUACCGCGAACUCGCCGCGACGCAGAAGGUGAUGCUGCAGCUCAAGGGCGCGGAGAAGGUGUUGGGGUUUAGGCCUUUGGGUAAGAAGAGCGCGGAGGGGAUCGCGCGGGCGCUGAGAGCGCGGGCGAGCGAGCUGAAGGUGGCGCUCAGCAGGGGCGUGGCGAGCGGCGCGAGCGCGGCGGGGGGGAGCGGCGGCGAAUAGGCGAGAGCCGUCGCGGAGAGGGGUGGCGGGCGGCGUGCCAACCGUCUCGCCCCCAGCCAGCGGGGAGAUGCUGGAAAAAUAACAAUCGAUUCAAACAGACCG